AUGUCGAACGAUCACCAAGAGGACAGCGAGCUCCCACCAGCCGGCAAUCCCGCUGAAACUUCGAACAAGGACGUACCGCCUGCCAUUGCGACGUUCGUCGAUAACUUCUACAAGAUCUCAGACACACCCGACGUUCACGAGCAGUACGCAGACGACUUCUUUAUUCACGACGAGAAUCGACUGAGCUUUCAGAUUGGACCGAUGCAGCCGACGAACAAGCGCGAAGGCAUCGUCGCAUGGAGGCAGAAGGGCUGGGAAGGCGUCACGCGACGCAAGCACACCGUCAACGGCGUCUUCAUCAGCCCCAAGUGGGAAAACGAGAUCAUGCUCGACGGCAAGGUCGAGAUGGACAAGAAUGGCGCGACCGUCAAGUUCAACUGGGCCGGGCGAAUGGUGUUCGAUCAAGAGAGUCUGGCCGACGGCGCCCCCAAGAUUGAGACGUACAAGGUCUGGCUGAGUCAGGACUAA